AUCGAAAAGAAAACGAUGCUUGGAAUGAAAUUACUUGUAGUCUUUGUUGCGGGCGUGCAAAUUUACAAGGUGGCGCCUGUCAUUCACACGCUCAAUUAUUUCAAGACCAGCUCUCAAGUUGCAAACCUACCAGAGUACUUGGAGGUGGCGUAUGUUGACGCCGUUCAGAUUCAGCAGUUUGACAGCAACCACAGGGAAACGAAAGUGAAACAUGACUGGGUGAACAAAAUCACAGAAAAUGAUCCGCACUUCUGGAAGACACAGACGGAGAUCAGUAUUGGGAAUGUGCUGGUCAUGAACGUCAACAUUGAAAUCGCUAAAAAGCGCUUCAACCAAACUGGAGGUGUUGACAUGUUUCAGCGGAUAAGCUGCUGUGAAUGGGACGAUGAGACUGGGGAGGUUGAUGGAUGGGAGCACUACCGUUACGGCGGAGAAGACUUCAUAUCAUUUGAGGCGAAGACGAUGACAUGGAUCGCAACACAUCCACAAGCUUUCAUCACCAAAUUGAAGUGGGACCAAAGCGACGGGUACAAGGAAGCCCAAAAGAAUUUCUUCACUGAGGUGUGUCCUUCUGAUUUGAAGAAGCAUGUGAGCAACGGGAGGGACUUCCUGACAAGAACCGAGCUUCCCAAGGUGUCUCUCCUGCAGAAGACGCCUUCCUCUCCGGUCACCUGCCACGCCACGGGUUUCUACCCCAUUACAUCGUCCCUCUUUUGGAGGAAGAACGGCGAGGAGAUCCACGAGGACGUGGAGAUGGGGGAGACCCUCCCCAACCACGACGGAACCUUCCAGACCUCGGUCGACCUGAAAGUGGAGGUGACGCCCGCCGCGGAGCGGGAGUACGAAUGCGUGUUCCAGCUGGCCGGCGUCUCGGAAGACAUCGUCAUCAAGCUGGACGCCGGAAGCAUCCUGAGCAACGCGCGCAUCCAGGAAGAGCAAGACAGGAAGAAGGCGGUGGCCAUCGCCGUCCCGUUGGUGGUCCUCGCUCUGGUGGCGGUGGUGGUGGUGAUGUUCCUUGCCAAGCGUCUCAAAAGCAAACAAGCCGAAUACUCUCAAGCUUGUAAGUAAAACGUUUUCCGCUUCCUUUGAGCCACUAUAACAAGGCAGCCAUGUCAAGAUUUGAUUCAAACCUAAAGUGUCAAUGCAA